CUUUACAAAACCGGGGACAGUAGGGAGGAGCCGCUGCCGCUGUCUGCACGAUGUCUGAUGAAAUUGCGAAGGCGCAGGCUGCUAAGCCGGGCGGAGACACGAUUUUCGGGAAGAUUAUACGCAAGGAGAUUCCUGCGAAAAUAUUAUACGAAGAUGAACAGUGCAUAGCCUUCCAUGACGUGGCACCCCAGGCGCCCACUCACUUCCUGGUCGUCCCCAGGAAGCCGAUCACGCAAAUGUCGAAGACUGACGACGGAGACGCGGCUCUCCUGGGUCACCUGAUGCUCGUGGCGAAGAACUGCGCGGAGAAGGAGGGGCUGAAGAAGGGAUACAGGCUGGUGGUGAACGAGGGUCCCGACGGAGGCCAGUCCGUCUACCACAUCCACGUCCACGUCCUGGGGGGCCGACAGAUGGGCUGGCCCCCCGGCUAACCGCCAGACCACCACCCCCCCCCCCCCCCCCCCACCCCGCGCUGCACAUCCCACCCCCACCUCCGUUUUAGCUGAAGCCCAGAUGUCGUCAUUAUCGCACGUUUCGACAGCCUGUGUUGUUUACCAAUGGGGGGGGGGGGGGAAUACAAGACAAAAAAAUGCACCUACAGCAGUGUGUCAUGGGUUUAGCUCGUCUUGUUCUUAUAAUCCACGCAUAUAAUCUACGCACCUUACACACCCGAAACAAACCACUUUUUUUUUUUCUUUCUUUCCCUUUCUGAAAACUGGGGAUUCGGGGAAGCCUGUGUCUGUAAACCUCAUUGAGAUUCUUCUGUUCAUGCUUCAGAAAAGCCAUUAAAAACAUGUUUUACUCCA